AUGUUUGCAUUAAGCAAAAAGUGGCUUUUAUCUUUUGAAAUUCCAUAUGGUCAAAUUCAGAAAAUCACAGCACGUUCAUCAGGUCCAGGAGGGCAAAGUGUUAAUAAGGCAGAAACAAAAGUUCAACUCCGAUUUAAUAUAAAUGAGGCGAAUUGGAUUCCUUCUAAUGUAAAGGAAAAUUUAAAAAAAAUUUAUAAAAAUAAAUUAAGUAAAUGUAAUGAUCUUAUUAUAGAAUGUGAAGAAACAUCUUCACAAAUAUCAAAUUAUAAAAUUUGUAUUGAAAAAUUAAAAUUAAUUCUUGAAGAAGCAGAAAAUUACAAAGAAAGAGUUAAAAAUACUUCAGUAAAAGAUUAUAUUCAUUUAAUUAAGUCAAAAGAACAGAUAAAAAAAUAUAAAGAUAAUUUAAUUAAUCAAAAAAAGAAAAAAAGAGAAAGAAAAUUUAAUAAAAAGGAUUACGAUUAA